AUGAAACUGCUGGCUGCAUUCGGCCUUUUGGCCAUCGCCCUCGCUGCGUCCUCCCGUCAAUGGGAAGAACGAUCGUUCAACAAGGGAAACACCUACGAGUUCGAGUGGAAGGGACAGAUCGUCUCGGGCGUGCCCGUGAAAGGAUCCUCGUCUCAUUCCCUUCAACAAAUCCACUCAAAAGUCUUCAUCACUGUCAACGAGAAACACUCGAUUCUCCGUCUCGACAAUGUCAAGCUUACCAAUGGCCACAAGCAGCUCACCGAGCCACGCAUCAUCUCUGAGGUGUCGCUCGAGGAGUCGCAAUUGACCUCCGAGCAACGCGAGCAGAUCAAGCUUCCAAUCCGCUUCCGUUACCACCAAGGAAUCAUCUCUGAGAUCGUCUUCUCGGAGGAGGAAUCCGCCUGGUCGGAGAACAUCAAGCGCUCAAUUCUCAACAUGCUCCAAGUUCAAAUGAGCCCACGCAAGACCCAAGAGGAGUACAACACGAAGACCGUCUCCAACAACAAGUUCUUCACCGUCACCGAGCGCACCCUCGAGGGUGAGUGCGAGGUCGCCUACACAAUCGUCGAAUCGGAGAAGAACCGCGAGGAGAAAGAGAUCACCAAGUCGCUCAACUUCGAGAAAUGCCCCAAGCGUAUUGAUAUCCGCUAUGGACCCCGUUACUCCGCUGAGUGCUCCAUGUGUGAGGCCACCGAUGCUCGCCCUGAAUCUCAAACUGUCAUCAGCUACAAGGUUCGCGGAGAGGAUGAGGAGCGUUUCCUUAUCACCGAGGUCGAGCUCAAGUCCGAGUACGUCUUCUCCCCCUUCUCGAAGGAUCAAGAGAUGCUCGCCACCUACGUCCACCAAAAGAUGCGCCUUGUCAACAUCAAGUCGGCUGAGCGUGUUGAGGAGCCCCGCAACGGAAAGAAGUCUUCCCUUCUCUACAACUACGAGAUGGAAUUGGCCCGUGAGAAGUUCUGGAUGAACGGAGACGAGCAAUCCUACACACUCACCGGAUUCGCCGGAGUCCCCAAGAAGGAGCUCAUGGACAAGUACAUCCGCCUCACCCUUGCCUCGAUGGAGGAGUCCGAGAAAGACGGAGUCACCCUUGAGACAAACCACAACUUUGCCCGCAUCGUCGAGGUCUUCCGCAUGUGCACUGAGCGUGAGAAGGUCAUCUAUGAUCGCCGUCAACCACUCGUUGUCCGCCAAGCCGCCGUUGACUCUCUUCGCAUGCUCCGCGACCAGAUGCCCCGCAAGGAGCAACUCAUUGAGAAGAUCGUCCGCUCUGAUUCGUCGAUCUCUUCAUCCGAGAUGAUCCGCAAGAUCGCCAAGGGAUUCCGUUUCGAGGGAGUUCUCUCUGGAUACGUCUACGAGCACGUCCGCAUCGUCCCAACCACCCUUGGACUCCCACUCCAGGUCACCUCCAAGCUCCCAACCGUCGCCCACAUCAAGGCCCACAUCAAGGCUGAGAUCUCCCCGAAGAUGUCUCUCCGUGUCGAGAUGGAGCCCUCGUUCGUCUCCACCCAUGUCACCGAAAUGACGGUCUUCUCCCCCGAGAUGGACAUCGGAUCCCGUGUCUUCCACUCGAUCCAAUCAACUCUUCCAAUCCACGGACAAGUCGAGUACAACGAUGAGAAACAACAACUCAAGGCUGUCCUCCGUCUUCCCAAGGAGGAGAAACGUGUUCUCCUCGUCGAGUCUCGCCCAACCACUUUCGUCCGCUCAUUCAACAACAAGCAAGUGCCAGUUCUUGAGGAGAAGACCAUCCGUAUUCCAUCGUUCGAGAAGACCUCUGUCCACUACGAGAAAUCCUACGGAGAGGAGCACUUCGGUCUCCGCACUGAGGUCAUCGGAUCCGUCCACCGCCACGUCUUCGACAAGAAGACCCCCGAGUCGAUCCUCUUCGGAGAGAACCACGUCCAGAUUGUCCUUGUCCCCACCGCCGAGUCCGUGAAGGAGAUCGUCCUCGAGGUUGAGCCCAAGUACACCAAGAUGGCCUCAUCCGAGUACGAGUCACCCCGCUACGAUGAGAUCUUCACUGAGAAGGAGUUCGAGCCCGAAUACGUUGUGAUGAUGAAGAACAUGGAGAAGAACUCUGAGGAGAAGAAGAUCAAGAUUGUGACUCAAGAGAAGGAAAUCGAGUGCGAGUUGAAGCAAGAGAAGAUCGUCUGCAAGGUUGAUGGACGCCGUGUCGAGGACGAGGAGGCUCUCUACGAUAUGGGCAUCAAGCUUAUCGGAGAAUCAUCAUGCGAGAUCACCAUCCCAAAGAUGACCAUCCGUUUCGAUGGAUACAAGGUCGAGAUCAAGGCUGACAAGCGCACUGAGAACACCCAAUGCGGACUUUGCGGACAUUUCGAUGGACGCCGCGACAACGAGUUCCGCCGUGCCGACAACGAGGAGACUGAGGAUAUCGAGGAAUUCCACCGCUCGUGGCUUCGCCGUGACAACGAAUGCGAGGUCGAGGAGUCGAAAUUGAAGGAGAAGAAGAACUACGGAGUUGAGUCUGAUGAGGAGGAACGCUACGAUUCCGAGGAAUCUUUCUGGAAUCCCCGUCAAGAUUUCGAGGAGGAGAACAUGGGAGAGAAGCGAUCACGCAAAAUGCUCAAGAAGAACCUCAAGAAGCACAUCAGCCGCAAGAACAUCCGCAACGAGGAGGAGAACACCUACGAGCCCGAAAACGAGAUCGUGAUGGUUGAGCGUGAGGGAAAGACCUGCUUCUCGAUGGAGGAACAACCCAAAUGCCAGCCAGGAGAUGAGCUCAUUGAGACCGAGAACCGCAAGGUGAAAUUGGCUUGCCUUCCACGCUCGGAUCGCCGCACUCGUCGCAUUGUGAACGGCCUUAAGCGUGGAGAGGAGUCGAUCAUGGAGGAGAUUCGUUCCCUUCCAAUGUCUCUCACCGAUCGCAUCGAGUUGCCCAAACUUUGCCGUGUCUAC